AUGGCACGGAGCGGUACGGCACGAGUAUAUGGUACCGUACACCGGUACACGGGUACAGUACAGUAUCUAGCAGUUCAUACCUCUGUGGAACCACUGGCAAGCAUUACUGCGUUGGUUAUGACUUCUACCAAAGCAAUAGAGGAAAAUUUUCCAGUCCAUUUUACUAUGCACAGUUAUGUUGCAAGGUUGCAUACUUUCCAAAAUUGGCCCUUCAAAAGGAAAUCCAAAUGUGUAGCAGAAAAAAUGGCUAAAGCAGGAUUUUAUCAUACGCCAACUUCGGAUUAUCCAGAUUGUGUGACUUGCUUUGCUUGCAUGAAGGAGCUCGACGGCUGGGAACAAAAUGACGAUCCUUUUCAAGAGCAUGAAAAGCAUUCCUCCAAGUGUCCGUUUAUACAAUUAGCAAAAGACGAAGAUGAUAUGACGUUUGAAGAGGUUAUAAAAUUAGAAAAUGCAAGGCAGAUGUUGCGAUUUGAUCAUGAGGUUGAAUCUUACAUCAGAAAGUUUGAAAGACAAUGCAAUGAUGUGCUCGACGACUACUCAUAA